CAUUACCAUGCAAGAAAGAGACGGAAUGUGAGAGGUAUCCAAAAACCAGAAGACGGUUUCUGGUUUCCGACAGCUUUCUCAUUUUGUCUCUGAGUAUCACUUUUUCCUCAGUCUGAAACUCUUACAAAAUAAUCACUCUUCUAAUUUUCUAGAUCUAAAAUAGAGAUACAGAAAAAUGUUUAUCUGAAUUCUACGAGUUGAAGAAGAAUUUUAGGGUUUUAGGAGAAGGAUAAAAAUAUUUGAUAAUUGAAGAUGGAAUCAAUUCUUGCUAGGGCAUUGGAGUAUACACUCAAAUACUGGUUGAAAUCUUUUUCAAGAGAUCAGUUCAAGUUACAAGGUCGAACCGUACAGCUCUCCAAUUUAGAUAUAAAUGGAGAAGCCUUACAUGCUAGUGCUGGAUUACCACCACCACUAACUGUUACAACUGCUAAAGUUGGAAAGUUAGAAAUUAAGCUUCCAUCUGUAAGUAAUGUUCAGUAUGAACCAAUUGUUGUUCAAAUAGAUAGACUCGAUUUGGUUCUUGAAGAAAAUUCCAGUUCCGAUGCUUCAUCUAGGAGUUCAACUAGUGCACAGUCUUCCUCUAGUUCGUCGAAGGGUAGUGGUUAUGGAUUUGCUGAUAAGAUUGCAGAUGGAAUGACUUUGGAAGUGCGAACUGUCAAUCUUCUGAUAGAAACCCGUGGUGGCGCUCAAAAACAAGGAGGUGCUGCAUGGGCUUCACCUCUAGCUUCAAUCACAAUUCAGAACCUUUUGUUAUAUACCACUAAUGAAAAUUGGGAGGUUGUUAGUCUUAAAGAAGCAAGAGACUUUUCCAACAAUAAGAAGUGCAUAUAUGUGUUCAAGAAACUGGAAUGGGCAUCAUUAUCGAUGGACCUCCUACCUCAUCCUGACAUGUUCACUGAUGCUAAUUUGACGUGCUCUAGCAAUGGAGGGAAUAAGCGUGAAGAUGAUGGUGCAAAACGAGUUUUCUUUGGAGGUGAAAGGUUUUUGGAAGGAAUAUCAGGACAGGCUUAUAUUACAGUGCAAAGGACAGAACUAAACAGUCCAUUAGGGCUUGAGGUUCAAUUGCAUUUCCCUGAAGCUGUUUGCCCUGCUCUAAGUGAACCAGGUCUGCGUGCUGUUUUGCGCUUCAUGACUGGAUUGUAUGUGUGCAUUAAUAGGGAUGUGGAUCCUAAUGCCCAACAGGCUACAGAAGCAGCGGGACGUUCUAUCGUAUCGAUUGUUGUAGACCAUAUAUUUCUCUGCAUUAAGGAUGCUGAUUUCCAGCUUGAGCUUUUGAUGCAGUCGUUAUUCUUUUCUCGGGCUAGUGUAUCUGAUGGUGGAAAUACUAAAAAUUUGUCCAAAAUUACAGUAGCUGGACUAUUUCUGAGGGACACAUUUUCGCAUCCUCCAUGCACCUUAAUACAGCCAUCAAUGCAAGCAGUUACAGAUGAUUCACUGCGUGUUCCUGAUUUUGGAAAGAAUUUUUGCUCGCCAAUCUAUCCCUUGGGCGACAUGCGGUGGCAAGUAAAUGAGGGUGUUCCAGUAAUAUGCCUCCAUUCUCUACAGAUGAAGCCCUCACCAGCCCCUCCAUCUUUUGCAUCACAGACAAUCAUUGAUUGUCAGCCUCUUACGAUUCAUCUUCAAGAAGAAUCUUGUUUGAGGAUCGCCUCCUUUCUAGCAGAUGGAAUUGUGGUCAAUCCUGGUGAUGUUUUACCAGAUUUCUCUGUAUACUCCCUUAUAUUCAGUCUCAAAGAGAUAGAUCUAACUGUUCCUUUGGAUGUUGGGAAGUUGGAUAACGAUGAUGCAUUGGGAAACAAUACUUUCCGGAGCUCCUUUGCUGGAGCAAGACUACAUGUCAAAGAUCUGUUCUUCUCGGAGUCAUCUGAAUUAAAACUUAGGUUAUUGAACUUGGACGAGGAUCCAGCUUGCUUCUGUCUCUGGGAGGAUCAACCUGUGGAUGCCAGCCAGCUAAAGUGGACAGCUCGAGCUUCUCAACUUAGUUUAUCUCUUGAGACUGCUACAGAAAAUCAAAUUUUUUCCGACACAUCGACGGGCUUAUGGAAAUGUGUUGAACUCCUAGAAGUCUGUGUGGAGGCAGCCAUGGUAACUGCAGAUGGUAGCCCUCUAGUAACUGUUCCCCCUCCAGGAGGUAUUGUCAGGAUAGGUGUUUCUUGCCUACAAUAUCUAUCCAACACAUCAGUGGAGCAACUGUUUUUUGUUCUUGACCUUUAUAGCUAUUUUGGUAAAGUCGCUGAAAAGAUAUCAAAAAUCGGAAAAGGUAACCGAGAUAAUGGAAGUAUAAAAAAGAGCCUUGGAGGAAAGCUUAUUGAGAAGUUUCCUAGCGACACAGCAGUUGUACUGGCAAUGCAAGACCUCCAGCUUAGAUUUCUAGAGUCUUCUUCCUCCAUUAAUAUCGAAGGGAUGCCUUUAGUUCUUUUCAAUGGAGAAGAUCUGUUUAUCAAAGUUUCUCACAGAACCCUAGGUGGUGCUAUUGCAGUGUCAUCUAACAUACGUUGGGAGAGUAUUCAGGUGGACUGUGUAGAUGGAGAUGGAAACCUGGUUCACAAGAACGGCAUAGUUGGAAUUCCUAGUGAAGAUGGUUUGCUGAUGACUGGAAAUGGGUACCCACACAUGAGAACCGUCUUUUGGAUUGAUAACACUGGCGGGAAUCUUCCUACAGGAGUCACAUCACCUAUUCCGUUUCUGGACAUCAGCAUGGUGCAGGUUAUCCCGUACAAUGCACAAGAUACUGAAUGCCAUAGUCUGAGUAUGUCUGCCAAGGUUGGAGGAGUACGUCUUGGAGGUGGGAUGAAUUAUACUGAAGCUCUUUUGCAUAGGUUUGGUAUACUUGGGCCUGAUGGUGGUCCUAGUGGAGGGCUAUCAAAAGGGUUGAAGUAUUUGUCUAAUGGUCCACUAUCAAAGCUCCUGAGAGCAUCACCGACUAUUGAGGAUGAAGAGCAAGAGAGUGGAAGUUCCGAGGACGAGGAAGGUGGUCCAAGCCUGGAGUUGGGAAUGCCAGAUGACAUAGAUGUGUCCGUCGAGCUGAAAAAUUGGUUAUUUGCUCUCGAGGGUGCUCAGGAGAGGGCAGAAAGGUGGUGGUUCCAUGAUGAGGAUAUCGGCAGAGAGGACAGAUGCUGGCACACGAUGUUUCGGAGUUUGCUUGUGAAGGCAAAAAGUCGUCCCAAGAAUGUCGAGAAUGGCUCCAUAAUAUCACCUCUAUCACAGAAAUAUCCCGUUGAAUUGGUUACGGUUGGUGUUGAGGGCUUGCAGGCUAUAAAACCACAAACCAGGAAAGAGAUCACUGUAGAUGGUAUCUCUUCGAGAGGAAAUAAAGGCACGGGGAAUUGUGGAGGGGUAAAUUUUGAAAUUCGCAUGUUGAGCUCAGAGAACACUGAAAGCACUGAGAUGCCCACCUGGGGGUUGGAAAACGUGAAAUUUUCUAUUAAACAACCGAUUGAGGCAGUCGCAACUAAGGAGGAACUGGAAUACCUUGUUGGUUUGUGCAAGUCUGAAGUAGAUUCAAUGGGUCGUAUUGCUGCGGGAAUGUUGCGACUACUUAAGCUGGACGGAUCCGUUGGUCAAGCAGCGAUAGACCAGCUCUCCAACCUUGGAAGUGAUGGUUUGGAGAAGAUUUUCAGCCCAGAAAAGCUAAGCAGGCGUAGUAGUACUUGUAGCAUGGGGUUUACACCAAUCACACCAACUUCAAACGCCAGUGAAAGCCAACAUCCCAGCCUGGAAUCUACAGUGGCCUUGCUUGAGUCAGCCGUUUCAGACUCUCAGUCAAAGUGCUUGGGACUCAUGUCUGAGCUAGAUAAUCCCGACAUCUUUAUUAAACAGCAACAUCUUACCGAUAUAAGACAGCUACAACAGAAGCUUGAGAGCAUGCAACUUCUGCUGUCACGAUUACGGACUCAAAUUUAAAAUUCCAUGCCGUCGUCCUCCCUCCAGCUGUGCAUGUAGUUGGUUGUAGGUUUGUUAUUUUCACCCAUUCUUUUCUGUAAAUAUAUAUAUACAAAAUACAAAUACAGGUGAGAAGAGUAUGUAAGAAACAGGCAGAAAUAAGAAGUGAUUUUGUUCCCUUAGAAAAUAAUUGUUCCUUCAGAGUCGUAUACUUAACUUUUUGUAGUAGCAUAGUCGGUUCCUUUUCUUGUCUGUAACACCUUACUGCUGAUCCUAUGGUGAAGGUUUCAGUACAAGGAUUCUGAAUAUAUGUUUAACAUGAAUGAUGUUAAUGUUGAACGACUUGAAUCAAGAAUAAGCAU